AUGCAGGAAGCGGGAGGCCCUGCCGGUCGGCCAAACUCUCGAUCAACCAGCAGAUUGCGAACCGCUAGCAGCUCCAGCUUGCCACGGCCAAAUCUGUCACUCCGUGAUUCAAGGAUAGCGUCUUUCCGAGCAACUCAACCCAUCCCCAACAUCCAUACCGCAGAAGUAAACACUUCCAGGCCCUCUUCAAGGCAGAGCAAUGCAGCUGCGUCAGUUCGAGGCUCGCUCGAGGGCUCAAGAUCGAAAGAAAACCUAGUGCCGCCCAACGCGGACGAACAUGACAAGCUUCGAAAGGAAAUCGAGGCCCUCAAGGCCGAGGUUGGAACAUUGCAAUACCGUCUGCAGACUGCCGAGCAAGAAAAGGACAUUGCACUGUCUCAGCAAAACAACAAGAUGGAGCAAGCCCGUCGCCGUGAACAAGAAGAGGCCCAACAGCGCCAAUCGGCCGAGGCAGAGAGGGCCAAGGCAGACACCAAAACGGAGUCGAUCAGGCGGGAAAUGGAGGAGCUAAAGGAGGCCGCAGCAAACGAAAAGCGACUGCUCGAGUCCAAAGUUCGAGCCGCCGAGGACGAGGCCCGUCUUGCGCAGGAGCAGAUAGAGGACCUAUCCAGCGCCAAAGAUGAAGCCGCGAGAAGAGCAGACAAAAAGGCCAACGACCUGCAGAUGCAAAUCGCUGCGGCAAAUAGUUCAAUACAGGACCUGGGGCGGGAGGCCGAGGCGCGAGAGUCAACGCUGCAGCAGUACCAAGAGCAGAUUCUGGAAAAGGACACCUUGAUUGGCAGGUUAGAAGCAGACGUUUUGCGGCUCAAGGCACAAAGUGGCGACGCAGAGACGAUGGAGAUUAUCAAGAGGGAGCUAUCGGAACAGGUUUCGCACAUUCGUGCUCUCGAAGCUACAAACCGCGACCAGCUUGCCGAGCUAAAGCGACUCCGAGCAGUCAACAAGGCCGUCGAAAUUGUCGAGGAGGAAAAGAGGACGCUGUUGCGCAAAGUCGAGGCUGCGGAGAGGCUAGAGGCGGAGCUGGCAGAAGCCAGGAUACAGCGGCAGAGACUAGAAGACGAGCGUCUAUCAUGGUCGGCCUAUCUCGAGAACGUGUCGGAUACAGGACAGGCCGAGUUUGACUCCCCUGAAGAAAUUGCGCGGGCGCUCGUUCAGGAGCGGCUGACCAGUGCCUCUUACGUCGAGCAGCUUGGAGCUGUCCGUGCCGAAGUUGCAGCGCUGCAGGGGCAGAUCCAAGCCUUGGAGGAGGAAAAGGCUCAGCUAAGAAGCCAGGCCGAGAAUGCCACGACGUCUGCGGAGGCCGCUAAUACCGACAAAGUGCGCAUGCGUCUGGAUCGCCAACGUGCCCUGGCCCUGAAGGAAGUCGAAUACUUGCGCGCGCAGCUCAAGGCGUUUGACACUGAAGAACACGCGAUGCAGCCCGAGGGCUUUGACGAGACGCGAGUGGCACGGAUCCAGGAGCUGGAGGACAUGGUGGACAAUUACAAGAUGGAGGUGCAGCGGCUGCAUGGCGAGCUCUCAUCCAUGGACGUCUCGUCGCAGCUGCUACCGGCAGGAAGCAAACGAAGCCGUGCCGAAGACGACGCCGCCCAGGAGCAAAUGGGCCAGCUUACGCGUAAGAACCGCAAGCUUCAGGAGGAGCUGACGAGCAUGCAGACGCAGGUUGCCAUGCUCGAAAAGGACCUCUCCACCAGUCGUGAGCAGCUGGCUGCGGCCAAGGAGCAGACCAAGACGCGCGUGCUGUCGUUGAGAUCCAACCCGACGUCGGACUACGAGGCGAUCAAGCGGGCGACGCUGGAGGCGCUGCAAAAGGAGAACAAGGAGCUGCUGGCGACACUGCGUUCGAAGCAGACGGACCCUGCGAUUCCCUUGGUCCCGACGUCGGUGCUGAGUGCCAUGGAGCGCGAAAUCGCCGCAGCCAAGGCGGAGACGGCGAGCGCGCAAAAGUCGGCGCGGCGUCUCAAGGAGGUCUGGGGCUCCAAAUCGCAGGAGUUCAAGGAGGCCAUCUUCUCGACGCUGGGAUGGACGGUGACAUUUAUCCCCAACGGCAAGAUGCGGGUGGAGAGCACAUUUUACCCAUCGCAGUCGGACGAGCAUGAGAAUUCGAUUGUGUUUGACGGCGAGAGGGGUACGAUGAAGGUGGGCGGCGGGCCUAAGAGUGCGUUUGCGCGCAAGAUUGGAGAUCACAUUGGGUUCUGGGUGAGGGAGAAGGGGUGUAUCCCGGGGUUUCUGGCGGCGUUGACGCUGGAGUUUUAUGAGGAGCAUGCGAGGGCUGCUUCAGGGGAGUGA